ACAACGCUUUUUACGAAAUCUCGAAACUAAACAAGACAAACCCCUUUUUGUACGAUUAAACUGGCGACGUCGCCAAGCAAUUGCAUCGACGCUCAUUACACUUUUUCUUACUCAACAACAGACUCCGAAGGACCCUAAUUCUGUGCAUGGAAUAAUAAAAAAACGCGGUGAGCAGACUCACUGCUAGACAAUCGACGGACUCUCGGUUUUUGGCCUACAUUCAAAUAAUUUCCACUGAACUUGAACUUCGCGAAGACUGCUUUGAGAGAAGAACUGUAGGAUCGAAAUGAACCGAGUGCGUGAACGUGAAUCGAAUAAAAUUCAUGACGACUAUUCCGAAGGGGAAGUGAAUGUUUUUUCUGGCGAUAAAAAAUGUGUUUUUAUAUGAAAGACAGUUGCGACUGAUUGCAAACGUGAAAAUCGAUUUUAUUUUGAUUGCACGUAAAGAAAUUAUUGUUCGUCGGAAUAUUCGGUUAGUCUGUUUACGGUUAAGCCACACUCUCUUAGCAGUAUUUUUGCAAGCAUUCGCUCAACACAGUUUUAUUCAUUAACAAUCGUUGAAGAUAAUUAUCGAAAUCUCCACCGGAGAAUAAUAAAUACGAAAGGAGACACAAGAGGUGAAUCGUCCGGUAAUCCAAUAUAUUUUGUUAAGGAAUCACAGACAUGAUCGCGAUUGUCGAUGGGAAAAUUCACAGUAAACGGUACUGCGUUUACCUUACAAAUGUAUGUAAAAAUAAUCACGAAAACGAUUAUCCCCCACUGAGAAACAGUCUUUUGGUAUUUUCCAAUGUGGUUAGGAGGUAGCCUUCGAAAUACAGUCUGCAAGUUCUUCGAGCAUGAAACUGAGCAGUCUCUUGUCGACUAUGUAACAGUUCGCAAUAUUUAAUUCAUCGUUGGGUGAGUAGGCCAAGCAUUAUUGCACGGAGGUCAAUCAAGAACCGUUUGUGACAGUUUUUUUUAACACUGCUUAAAAUAACAACCGUAAAUUAAUAGUGAAAGAUAACGCUGACACUAAAAGGAGAAUCUGGACAAACAUAAAAAUGCAAUAAGAAUUUAAAGUUUUCACAUUAACAAUGAAGGAUCGUUUUGCCCCUGUGCAGUGGAGAUUUUUUUUAUAAGACUCCUGUGAACAAGAAAAAUUCCAAUCUUUUAGUCUCAGAGUAAUCUCAGAGUAAAAGGAAAUAUUAUAUUGACUCUAAUUUGCAUGGAAAUUAUCGCGGAAGUAAAUUCCUUCGAUGAGUCUUUUAUCCCCGUUAUUAACAUCCCGAAUCGAGAAUUAUAAAUUCAUCAAAACUCCUUCGUGCUUGGAAUUUUGAACGUUCGUGAGAAAAAAUAAAGCCUUUUACACCGGAAAUACGAGUAUUGCAAAGAUGCUAUAGCCGUAAUCACAAUUUUACCAGGAAAAAUGAGGAUCGUAAAAAUCUAAUGAAUAUUAAAAUCAUUAUUUAUGGAUCUUCGCGUAUGUAAUAUUCUAAACAAUUAUUUGAUAGCUAGAGAAGUGGUCACUCAUAUAAACCGUCUGAACUAUUGCUUCUCGGGAGACUUCAUAAAAAAUCUAACGAUUUGCCAUCAGCAUGGUUCCAUAAUGGAAAAUUAAUCGCUGAUAUCAAAAAUUGUCUACUGAAUUAUUUCCAAUACUAAAUUUGCGGAUAAGCCGUAUCAUUGUUAACGAUCGCGAAUAUUUUUUAGGCUGUCUCACAAAAUUUUGGUCGCAUUCAAUGAAUUUUGACACGUACAAACUUUAAAACACUUUCAGAAGAUUCAAAUCAAUAAAAAAUGUUUCAAUUGUGCUCGAGGCUGGUAUUGGGUCUGCUUUUUAUACAAUUAUCUGAGGAAAUUCCCAGUGGUCCAUUGCCCCAUUUGGAAGCACUAUCAAAGUCUCCGUCCGAAGACACGUCGAAGAUCUUCGGACACCACCACCAUAAAGCCAAGAAGCCCAAUAUUGUCGUUAUUCUUGCAGAUGACCUAGGAUGGAACGACGUGAGUUUCCACGGUGCGGAUCAGAUUCCAACCCCGAACAUCGACGCACUGGCUUACAAUGGUGUUAUUCUGAACAGCCACUAUGUAUCGGCGCUUUGCACUCCAAGCAGAUCGGCACUCAUGACUGGCAAAUAUCCCAUUCACACUGGAAUGCAGCACUUUGUACUUCUCGAGGCUGAACCUCGAGGAUUACCCCUUAAGGAGAAGCUGCUUCCUCAGUAUAUGAAAGCUGCAGGUUACAAAACACACGCCAUCGGGAAAUGGCACUUGGGCUUCUACAAACGAGAGUAUACUCCAACGUAUCGAGGCUUUGACUCGCAUUUUGGCUACUGGAAUGGACUCCAGGACUACUACAAUCAUCGAGUUGCAUCUUACACCCACGAUUAUCGGGGUUUCGAUAUGCGGCGAAAUAUGUCAGUGGCUUGGGACACUGAGGGAAAAUACUCUACGGAUCUAUUCACGGAAGAAGCCAUAAGAAUUAUUGACGAGCACGAUACGCGGACGCCGAUGUUCAUGUAUUUGGCACACCUUGCACCCCAUAGUGGAAAUAUGGACGAUCCUUAUCAAGCGCCCGAUGAAGAAAUCGCUAAAUUUGCGUACAUCGACGAUCCAGAAAGAAGAAUUUAUGCAGCGAUGGUGUCAAAAUUGGAUGCGAGUAUCGGUGAGGUAAUGACUGCUCUGCGUCGUCGUGGAAUGUUGGACAAUAGCAUAAUCGUCUUCAUGUCAGACAACGGUGCCCCGACAGAUGGGGUGCACAACAACCGGGGUAGCAAUUAUCCGCUUAGAGGAAUGAAGAUGAGCGCUUGGGAAGGGGGAGUUCGAGGCGUCGCAGCUGUUUGGAGUCCGAUGAUAAAAAACCCACGCAGAGUUUCGAAUCAGCUCAUAUCGAUAACCGAUUGGUUACCGACUUUCUGGUCGGCUGCAGGGAUGGACGUGAAUGAUUUGGGGAUGAUCGACGGCGUUGACUUGUGGCCAUCCUUGAUAUCGGACAAGAGAGUUCCACGUGCUGAGGUCCUCAUAAACAUCGACGACAUCGAGAAUUACGGUGCUAUAAGACGCGGUGAUUUCAAGUACGUGAUCGGUCACACGACUAGCGGAGAUAAUUGGUACGGCGAUUCGGGAAGACUGGGUCACAGAACAACUGGAGAAGAGCUUCCUGAUGAAUACGCAAAGAGAGUACUUUCGAGUAAAGCCGGUGUAGCGAUUAGUGGUUUGACAACUGCUCGGCAAGUGAGGGAUUUGCGACAGCGAAGAAGUCAACCUUCUUUCAACGCGACCAGCGAAUUCGACACAAAAAUCUUGACAACUGAUGACAUUAGGAAGUUAAGACUCGCUGCUACCGUAGGUUGCAAUGUCAAGGAGGAACAGAAGGUCGCCUGCAAUCCGGUCGAAUCGCCGUGUCUAUUCAACAUCAAAGAGGAUCCUUGCGAGCACAUAAAUCUGGCGAAGAAGAGGCCGGUUAUUCUUGUUACCCUGGAGGAAGCCUUGCUGAAGUAUCGUGUGACCGCCAUACCAGAGGCCAACGUUCCAGAGGAUCCACAGGGGGAUCCGGCAUUGUGGAAGGGCGUUUGGGUCAGCUGGAGAGAUGCGAAUCCUUGGGCUGUCGAUAAAACGGAGGAUAAUUCUACGUCGAGGCUGCCAGGUUCGACGAUCGCCGUAAUUGCUGUCCUCCUCGGCUUGUUGUUUGUCGCUGUUGUUACCCUCGUUGCGAUAAAGAAAGUUAAAAGACCCGAUUUACAGCAUCCCCGGAACGCUUCUCGACGACGUCAGACGGAUCACGAGAUGAUACCAACGGGCGAUAAACACGAGCCUGUUCCACUCACCGAAUUCAGGGCCAACCAACAACUCGAUUCGGAUAAAAAUGGCACUGAAUUAGAAAUCUUAACUAAAUUAGGCUCCAUCAAAAAUCUUGCGAGAAGUAUCGAAUGACGAGAGGAUAAGAGGUGCACGAGAACUGGUGAACAAACAUGCACUGUAAUCACUAUAGUUUACGUUCAGAGACGAUAAGGUAUUUGAACGUUCAGUCAACUCUAUAAUCCUGAUGGUUCAGACCUUUCUCAAUGAUAUUCGUUCGGUAUAAAACUGUGCUUCGAUCACUUCAUAAACAAUGUUUCAUACGAAUUUAAAAUAAUGGGCUUUUCCAGAGUUAAGUAAAGGAAAAUAUCUUCUGUAUCGCUGUAGUUUCAUCAUCAAAUUAACUCGUUCUAUGAUACGAUGAACGAAAUAGUAUAUUGUGUACCAAGGAGCUAAAGUGGAACUUUUUAACUCCGAGUGGUGGGAGGUACGAGAAAAAACACUUUUAACUUCUAGGAGUUGAGAGUUCGUUUUCGAGUAUCCCCCCACUACUACUUUCUUCGACAGUUAACGCCUAUUUUAGGUCUCACAGACACUUUCGAAAAAGAGAGGAAAAGGUGGUUGCGUUAUAUGAAAUACUUAUAUACUGUCAAUUAAGAAAACUGCAUGGAAUGCAAUUAUUUACUUGUCAGUUGCGGAUAUGAGAUUAUUGGGAGUCUGAGCUUGAGUAAAUGUUAUGAGAUAGACAGCGAUCCACACACUGAACGUAAUCUGUAUUACUAUAAAGUAAAGUAAAUAAUUGUGUGAAACUAGUCAGCACAAGAUACUGGAAAAUUUAGUUGCAAGCAGAAAAAUUUCGUAACAUAUUUCUGAAACGAAGCACAAUUUUGUAAUUGAAGUUCCGUUGUUCAAAAUGUUUAAUAAGCGUGUAAAUGUGACUAUUUUUCCGAGCAGUAUUUUUACCAAUUAAUUUAUAACUCAGAAUUUAUUAUAUUUUCAGUAUUCGUGUCACCUCCCAUUCAUUCCUCGAAGACACUCUCAACGAUAUAAAAUGUUAUUAUACCGUUGGUGAGUGCGCCAUGACGUACAAACUUGCGAAUUGAUGGUUCUCAAUGUCAGAUUUGUCAAGCAAGUCUUUUGAUUAUUCGAGACAUCGCACUUUUAUUUUAUCACUGAUAGUGGAUAAGUAUCGUUAAUCUCUGCUCUCAACACUUUUUUUUGGCAUCGCACGUUUGGACACGAGGGUUAUUGGCAUUCGGACCAGUUUACAAAAAUUUUGAGCAGUCCUCAACGUUUUAAUUGCAUUUUACGUAAUAUUCAAUUUUCAACCAAGAAUCCAGUGAGAGUUUUGUUUAUUCUGACGUUCGUCACAUUUUUUUUAAUUUAAGAAACGUCAGAGAGCAGAACGUAGUUUCGGAAAUAUUAAAAAACGAGAAGUGUGUACCCACGAUGUUUGAGAUUCUGUGGAUUAAACCUAACAAUUUUCAUCGAUACCAUUGAAUAUUUCAUAUUUCAUGUAUACAAAUAAUUAUUGUAUCUUAGCAAUCUGUUUCAUUUGCCCUGUACAAGGACGAGCUGAAUGAAGUAUUUUGAACUUGAUUCUAUCAACAAAUCAGAAAUUUUCAUGGGCAUUUGAAAAGAUGUGGGAAAAAGUUUAAUUUUUCCUUUCAUUUAUUCUCGCAUAGAUGAUAGGAUAAGUAAAAAUGUUUUUUUUUUUAUUUUUCAAUUUAUCGGAAUAGAGAAAUGAAAAAUCUAUUGAGGACUUGAGCUAUUUCAACAAAAUAUUCACGUGAUGCUGUAGAGAAAAAAUACAAGAAUUACGAAAAAACAUAUACAAGUUCAGUUAUUUUUUUCUGUCAAAUUCGACCAAACCCAAAUUGUACCUAUAACACGAUUCAAGAUUCUAAAGAAAUACAAAUUACCAGAAAUAUUAACCCCUUCGCAGUGAGGUGAAAAUGAGAUUUUUGUGCCAUUUUUGUGUUGGAAAAAAAUUUCAUAAAUUUGAGGCAUGAUGUACCAAAUUACAAUCGAAUCGAUGAAGUAGAAAUAUGUUGCUUUUCAAAUGCCCCUAUACAUAUCAUGACACAACAUUUUUUGCCCCUAUGCGUGUCACUCACAGUGAAGGGGUUAAGCGAGCUUCGGUGAUUCGAUCCAUUCGGGUUUUUAACAUUCGCACUAAUUAUAAUUCGUCAGCAUAAAAGGUAUACAAAAAUUAAUUAUGCGAAUUAGUGCGAAGAAAAAAGUAUACUCAAAUGAAUAAUUUCGAUAAAAUAUUUACAAUAAAUGCCGCAAUCGGCCGUUUAUUUCGUCAAGAAAUCUUGUAAAUUUGUAUCUUUUUCUUUUGUUUUGUUCUUCAUGUGUCAUUAUCUUUGUACAAAAUUUCGUAAUGCACACGAGCAAAAGAUUGCACGAUUAGGCGUGAAUUUCUUGAAAGUGCGCGAAAUACACUGUAAAUCGAGGGAACUUGAACGGGCAUUCUCUGACGAUGUCACAUUCAAAACUCAAAUGUCCCAAUAACCGAACGCCACGGAUUCGUUUCAUCGAUAUUGAAAAUAUUGUUUUUAAAAACUUGAAUGAAUUCGUGCUCAGUCCAAAGAGCAUUCCGUCAAUGGGACAUUCGUGUUAACUGAAAUAUUGUUAUGAACAGGUGGAUCAACUUUCGCGUUGUUCGUUUAGUGUGGCUUCGGUAGAGUUUUUGCAUAGAGUGUCUCAAAAAUUAUACUGAAAUUUCAUGUUGUAAUCAGAUCUGUGGAUUCUGGGCUUUGAUUUUUUUCAAUUGAUAAUUCAUUCCAUUCAAAUUAGUAGAAUAUUUUAAACACACAUUAUGUUUCUCAAGUGAUUCUAUUUCUCUGACGAGUUCCGAAGCUCAACAUUUCUAUGAAACCCAAACGACAAUUUACGAUCUCCAGAUGCACACUGAUUUUCAGAAGAAUAAUAUGAAAAACUGAACCAACGAAUUGAUAAUAUUUUCCCAAUUUUUCAAUAAUAUUCUAAAAGAAAUAAACGAUUCUCCAUUUUACCAAAUUCUUCAUAUGAUUCUCAAUAUGAAAAAGAAUUGAACUAACUAAAAUCGACUUCAUAAGUGCUGAAAUAAAACUGCACUCGGUGAAGAAGAAAUUCGAUUACGUAUUCAAUAAAUAAUUUUUUGGUUAACCAGUUUCAUAUCGAUUUCCACAUACAAAUAUCAUUUUUUAAAAUGAAAGAUAAAAUUCGAAAGAUGCCGAGGAUUUCACAAACAUUACUCAAAUCAAUAGCAACAUAAUUUCGAUCGUGUUAAAUUUUUAGUGAUUCGAAUAAGUAAAACGCGCACCUAAUUAGACGAAGUUAAUGCUGUGCACUAUCAAGAAAAAUUCAAUAAAAUUGUUAAUGAACGUUCCAAGCUCACGACUCACACUCCUCGAUCAAUAGACAUUAUGCGCAGAACAGUUAAAUCGAUAAUUGAUGAAAUUUAAUUGGAAAAAAAAAAAAAAUGGAAAUGGAACUUUUUUCGGAAAUUCCACAAUCUGAUUAUGACAAAAAAUUUGAGGGAGACUUUUGAGUUUUGAGACACUAUGAAUACUCGUAUGAAUGUGCAUAUGUAUUUACGCACGCACAUUUUGUAGUUUUUCUGACCGCACAGCGAUUGAUCAUGUGACACUCUCCCAAAUUAUUACAAUUGUCGAAUCACAUUCACACAUACAUAAGCGGUUCUGUGUGUGUGUGUAUGUAUGUGUACAUAUUUAUAUAUUAUUAACGGAUCUAUACAAUUCACGCGAGACAGUUAUACUUGCAUGACGAUUUUACCUAUUUUCGUACAAUUAACACAUUUCUGUGAUACUUCAAAACGAAUAUUGAAACUAUACAAAUGAUUGCCAGCCACUGCGCCAAUGAGGCAUUGCAAACCAAAAGAAAUCUAUGAACAUAAAGAAAAAAUAAACAAUGAAGGCACCUU